UCCGCCGCCGCCGCCGCCCCCAAGGCAGGAGCUGAACCCCCCGCGGCGCCCCGCAAGGACCCCCCAGCCCCGGCACCCGGCCGCGGCCAGGCGCUGCUGCGCGCCAUCAGCACCGUGAAUGCGCUCUCCGCCACCUCCCCCAAGGCAGGCUCCGAGCCCCCGGAAAAGAAAACUCCCAAGAAGUCUCCAGCGCCCCCCUCCACGGGCCCGCCGCCGCCCGACGGAGACUGAGAGGCCCCCGCCGACGGGCAUCAGAAACCCAGUUCCUGCUGAGCCUCGAGGAGCAGCCAGAGCCCGAUGGAGCGGGCACGUCAGCCACCUGCCAAGCCGCUGUACCCGGGGAGUGGCAGCCCCCAACCAGCCAGAGCCGUCGACCGCCGAGCCCCAGCCCUGCCCACAUCGGCAGCCUCUCAGCCUCCCUGGGCACUGCCACCCGGACCCUUCUCUUCACCCAGGCUCUGGCUCUGCCCCCGCAGGAUGGCACGUGCCCUGCCCUCCUCCUUGAAAAUGAAGUCUGUAAGAAGGCAGCAGCUGAUAAAUGGAGUUUAUUAACAAA